GAAGUUAGGUUCCUUGGCUUAUCAUUGAUUUUCUAUUGAUUGAAGAGGUAGCAAGUAUGGCUUAGAGGCGAAAUUAGGGGAGAGGCGCCUACGGCGGCGGAGAUGGCCCCGGCGGCGGAGAUGGCCUCGGCGGAGCUUGACGCCGGGAGUGCCUUGGAGAGGGGGAGCCGCUGCCCAGAGGGAGAGCGCGUUGUUGAGGGGAGGAAUUCGGGGAACCACAUCUCACUACUGGAUGUGGACGACCUCAAACGAAGAUGGCUUGCCAUUACAGAGAAAGCGGGGAAGGGAAGAGUGGUGCUUCGGCGACCGCAAAAAGCUGUAGUUGGUAAGAUGGAUCCGAUGGUGGCGGAUCUGAAGAACAUGGCGUGGGAGAUCAUUGAAGGCGGGAUGGGGAAUCGAAGGAAAGAGGAAAGCAGAUCCCCGGAGAAGGAAGAUCAAGGAGAGCCACCAGUGCAGAAGAUCCAGGCCAUCCCUGUGAUUGCAGGACAGGCCUGUGCGCCGGAAAGGGAGCUCCACGACCAGAAGAGGAAACCAACAGAGGUGUGGUGCACCUGCACGGGGAAGCUUUGGAGCUGGUCGAGAGCGUCAUGUUAUGCUGUACUUAGGCUUACCUAAUGGCGUCCCUCUUUCAGCGGGACCCUCAACGCGUAAUUCCCCAUGUUGACAGUAGCUCGUACUGGUCCUCCAUCACCUGCAACGUCAAAAUAAUCAACACUGUAGGUACUUGGGCUUACCUAAUGACGUUUCAAUGGCAAUUUCGGCGCUCCGCUGCUGAAAACUGUAUGUUUAUCCGCGAAGGAAUUUCAGUUUAGAUUUGUGAGCCAUGUGUCUUGUUUCGACGUGGUUUAGUUAAUUGAGAAUUCACACUUUGAUUUUUUUUUACGUGCUUGGAUACUUGUACAGCCAAGUACAAUUCUAAAAAAAGCUCACUUUCUGGUCAUGUUGAUGUCAAUAAAAGAGGUAGUAUCUUGAAACAGUA